AUGAUUAUUAUUGAUGCACUAGAUGAAUGUGAUCAGGAAAAGGAUAUCCGGAUUAUACUUCAACUUUUGUUUCGACUGCAGGAAGUGAAGUCAAGUAAUAACCAUCAGGAUUUGGCCCUCCAUGAGCUUCCCAAACCAGUGAUUGAACGUGAUAUUCGCCUAUACCUGGAAGACAAGCUUUCGAGUAUACGGGAAGAGAGGUCGUUCGCCGCCAACUGGCCUGGGGAUGAGGCUGUCAAUGAGUUGGUGCGGAUGUCUAGCCCACUAUUCAUCUUUGCGGCCACGGCAUACCGCUUUAUCAAUAGAGGAAGACAUCCAAAAAAGCAACUCCAGAAGUUCCUUGCAUCUCAAGAAGCUACAUCCGCAUCUCAGAUGGACAAAAUAUACCUGCUAGUUUUGAACCAAACCAUACAAAAUGACGAGGAUGACCCAGCAGAGGUUCUAAAAGAAUUUCAGGAUAUAAUCGGGACUAUCAUCCUUCUUGCUACCCCACUGUCUAUUAUUUCCUUGGCACGUCUUCUUCAUCUACAAGCAGAUGAUAUCAUUGAGCUUUUGGAUCCAUUGCACUCAGUUCUAAAUAUUCCAAAGAAUUUAGGUGCACCGAUCCGAAUCUUACAUCUAUCAUUCCGAGACUUCCUCAUUAACACAACAAGCACCUUCCACGUGGAUGAAAAGGAGACACAUGAGAAGAUAGUCUUGCAUUGCCUCCGUAUUAUGAACACUGACUUGAAGCAGAAUAUCUGUGGUCUGUCAAGCUACGGGACACCGAGAACAAAUAUUGAUAAUCAAGCUAUUAACAAGCACCUCUCAGCAGAUCUGCAGUACUCCUGUCGUUAUAUUACUAGCUCCAUGGCUUUUGAUUUUAUGAAACAGCACUUACUUCAUUGGCUAGAAGCGCUGAGUCUAAUAGGCGUUAUAUCAGAGGCAGUGGCAAUGAUGGAUAUGCUUCAGUCAGGCGCUGGGGAGGACAUGGAUGCUGAAUUUUCUAACUUUCUCUAUGACGCAAAACGAUUUAUUCUAAAGAACGCCUACAUGGCAAGUCUUGCUCCACUCCAACUCUACUGUUCUGGGGUGGUGUUUUUACCAAUGCGAAGUAUUAUUAGAAAGAUGUUUCUUAACUGCAGGCCCAAACAAAUACAUAUGCUACCACAAGUGAAGGAUGAUUGGAGCCCAGGACUACAAACCCUUGAGGGCCAUUCAGAUUGGGUUUGUUCAGUGGCGUUCUCCCCUGAUGGCCAAACAGUAGUGUCAGGCUCCUAUGACAAUACCAUUAAGCUCUGGGAUGCUAAGACCGGCUCUGAACCGCAGACGCUCAGGGACCAUUUAGAUUCGGGCCAUUCAGAAUGGGUUCAGUCAGUGGCCUUCUCCCCUGAUGGCCAAACAGUAGUGUCAGGCUCCUAUGACAGGACCAUUAAGCUCUGGGAUGCUAAGACCGGCUCUGAGCUGCAGACGCUGAGGGGCCAUUCAGAUUGGGUUCAGCCAGUGGCUUUCUCCCCUGAUGGCCAAACAGUAGUGUCAGGCUCCUAUGACAAUACCAUCAAGCUCUGGGAUGCUAAGACCAGCUCUGAGUUGCAGAAUCUGAGGGGCCAUUCAGGUCCGGUUCAUUCUGUGGCCUUCUCCCCCGAUGGCCAAACAGUAGUGUCAGGCUCCAAUGACAAGACUAUCAAGCUCUGGGAUGCUAAGACCAGCUCUGAGCUGCAGACGCUGAGGGGUCAUUCAAAUUUGAUUCAUUCAGUGGCCUUCUCCCCUGAUAGCCAAAUAGUAGUGUCAGGCUCCAAUGACAGGGCCAUCAAGCUCUGGGAUGCUAAGACCAGCUCUGAGCUGCAGACGCUCAGGGACCAUUUAGAUUCGUUUAAUUUCAAUCAAGAAUCUUUACCAGAUAACUGGAUUGCCUUAGCGGGUGACAAUAUACUGUGGCUCCCUAUGGAGUAUCGUCAAUUUACAGCUUCAGCAACAUUUCCCUUUGAAUUGCCUGAAUUCUCGAGCAGCUUCUGCUCGAUUCUAUUGUGGGCGAGGUUUGCCGUCUACGUGAAGCAGGAGGAUGAGAGUUUCACCUUGACUGAUCAAGCCACGAUGGAAUUUCUUGCGGGUGAUUUUGUAAAGAUCUUGCUUGGGUGUCUUCAAUCUCGAGACACGACUGUGCGUAGAGGCUUGAGUGUAAUCUCUCAAUGA